AUGCUACCUAUACUGGUUUGCUGGUUUGCUGGUUUGCUGGUUUGCUGGUUUGCUGGUUUGCUGGUUUGCUGGUUUGCUUUUAAUGCUAGCCAUAUUCCAACAAUUUGUAAAAUCUUUUAUGCUAUUAUUACUGAUGAAGAAAAAUAUAGGGGAUACCUAAAUCUGAUAAUUCGUCUAUCCUGUUAUGAUUGGAAUAAACCAUCUAAGAAGUUACCAUCUACUAUAUCAUACUUGAAGUUUCGGUAUAUCUUAGAUUCCUUGAAAUGUUGGACAGCUUACGCAACUCUAUUCCGUAGUGUUCAAUUAAAUAAUAUUUCAAGUACGUUAGGAUUAUUUAUAUCUUCUAACGACUCUGAACAAAGCAAAGCCUACCGUUCAAUUAAAUACUUUUAUAAGAGGCUGCUUAAGUCAAUAACGAAAGUUCCUAGACAUUCCUUUAUACCUUUAGGUGAUAACAAAUAUUCGUUAAAUGGUAAGCAAUUUCAAAAAGAGUAUUUAGUCGAUCUUUAUAGCGACGCUAAAAAAUUGUUCGAUAGUAAGUUAGAAGAUCUAGGUCUUUAUUACAAAGAUCUUAUAGAUGUAUCUGUGGUGGCAGAAAUGACAAUCAAAUCCCCCAAAUGUGUUCCCUUUGAAAGCAGAGAUCAGCCAAUGAUAAGUAUUACUGAUUUGUUUACUAUAGAUACUCAAAGGUCAGUAAUUCCAACAAUUGGUUUCUAUAAUGAAGAUGAUCAUAAUAGAAUUAUAAAUCUAGUUGUGGAUUGUCUAACUUUUUUAAUUUUGAUGAUCUACAUCUCUUCUGGUAGUCCAUAUAGGUUUCCUGAAAUGAGAGUACUUAAGUUUGCUGGUAAUGCAAGAAAUUUGUUCAUUAACCCGAUUGACAAAACAGUGGAGCUCAUUACUACUUUUUAA